UCAGUCCAUGGGGAGUUACUUCACUUCGACAACUAUGUGGGUGUAUUACUAGCCGCGUCUAGUUUAGUAUGCAGGAAGUCAAUUAGGGGGGUGGAAGAUUACCGAGGUCACCAGCUGGGUCCGCGAAGGAAGCGGGUGGUAGUGGAGCGCACCCGUCGGUCUGGUUUUAAGGAAGUGAUACCAGUGCUGUCCCACUUCACUGCCCACUUACAACAGGCCUCCCCAUCUGCACUGAGCUUCCAGGUUGGAUUCGUGUGGUUCGUCUUCCACAAGCAUUGUUCGAUCUAAGAGACUUCUCGUGUGUGUUCUUGCUAACGUAUCGACGCUGCUGAAAGGCUAAGUUAGAAGAAAUGGCGUAUACCCAGACUGCAACCGCUCAAUGGAAUAGCGGUCUAUGUGAUUGCUUCCAAGACUGCGGAUCAUUCUGCUGUUCAUUCUGUUGCCCUUGCGUGGUGGUGGGACGCUUGGCAGAGAUUAUUGAUCAAGGCAUGACAUCAUGCAUUGGCGCCGGCUGCAUUUUCUACUGCCUCCAGACGUUUACAGGGUUGGGAUGCCUGUACACGUGCGGGUACCGUGCACGUCUGAGAGCCAAGUAUGGGCUCGUUCCGGAGCCUUGCGGUGACUGCUGUGUGGAUUGCUGGUGUCUCUCCUGCUCAUUGUCCCAACAACAUCGUGAGCUUCAGUCUCGUGGCAUCAACCCUUCCCUUGGUUGGUUGGCUAACCGGGAGGCUUACGAGAAAUCUGCACCUGCACCUCAAAGAAUGGGCGGAUACUGACCAUGAGCGAAGCAGGAAAUGCCUUUCAAGAGUGUGAUGCUGACGUCCAAGCGGCUUGUUAGCGAAGUAGGAGUUCUCCGUUAGUGCAAAAAAUAACUUCACUUUGAAUGGUGGUUAACUUCCGAGAAGGGACCACGUAGGAUUUGCCUGAGAACAGGAUUUAAUUUCGUAGGGUAUGCUACUUUUUUUCAUUUUCUUUCAAUUGUUAUACAAUUUCAGUGUGCAGAAAGUUUCUUUUGCUUGAACUAAUACAUAAACUUGUGCUAUUUAUUUACUUCAUCAUGUCAAAGAAGCUUAAAAGUUCAAGGUCAA